AUGGCUGGAGAUUCAACAUUGGAUGGAAUUCUAAGGGAUUCUAGUCUCUUUGCUAUAUCCUUUCUCUUAUUUCCCUUCUCAAGAAUUCUCUUAUUGCUAACAAAAAUUGACACAUGGAAAAAUGAAAAUGAAUGGCUCAGAUUUAAUAAUGGAAUAGGAAACGAAAAGACGCGCUCUUGUUCUUCAUUCUUGACAGAAUUUCGCUUAUUCGCUGUCCUCAAGUUUCACACUGCCGUCGUCAUCGCCGCUUGUUGCUCCUUCCAAGUUUCACUACUUUCUCGUCAUCACUCUGCUGGUUGUUGCUCCGUCAUCACUCUUGUUCAUCACUCUUGUUCUUCAUGCUUGUUGCUCUUUGAAUCCGAGGUAGCAGCUUAUGAUUUUUAUAACGAGUACAGCAAGAAAAUGGGGUUCGGUAUUCGCCGCGAAUAUGGGAAUAAAAGCAAAAUAGAUGGAGUUCUAACUUCCAGAAGAUUCACAUGCUUCAAAGAGGGUAAUCGAGGUGUUGACAAGCGAGAUUACUUGACAAAAGAUCCUAGAGCAGAAACAAGAACUGGAUGUCAAGCACGCAUGGUUAUUUCGCUUGAUCGGAAGAUCGGAAAAUACAAGGUUGUUGACUUUGUUGCUCAACACAAUCACAUGCUUCAACCAAAUGAGUAUGUCCAUAUGAUUCGCUCUCAUCGACGCAUAUUCGAGUCUCAAGCAUCUCAAAUUAUAUUGGCCGAUGAAUCUGGACUAAAACCAAAAGAUUUCCAUAAUUAUGUGUCCAAGCAAGCUGGUGGAAAAGAAAUUAUUGGAUAUACAAGACAAGACCUUAAGAAUUACCUUCGAACCAAGAGAAUGCAUACACUAAAGUUUGGUGAAGUGGGUGCAUUGUUGAUGCAUUUCAAACAGCAGAGUGAAAAUCCUUCAUUCUUUUAUGAAUUUCAACAUGUGACUGCAUAUCAGCAUGAGGCUGCAAGUCAACAUGAGACUGCAUAUCAGCAUGGAACUGCGUAUCAGCUCGGGGCUGCGAGUCAACAUGGGACUGCAUAUCAGCAUGAGGCUGCAAGUCAACAUGGAACUGCAUAUCAGCAUGAGGCUGCAAGUCAACAUGGAACUGCAUAUCAGCUUUUUUACAUCUGAAUUUAAGUGAAUCUGAAGAUAGAAUUCAACAAAGAAGAUGAGGAUCUUAGGGGACUUGCAAUGUUUAUUUUGAAUUAUAAUGUUUUGUAGGACUUUUGUCAUUCUUUUUUUGAAG